AGAUAGAGAUGGCUACCACAAGCACUAGCGGCAAAGCUGAGGGGGCUGAAGCAUAUUCCGGCGAUUAUGAUCGGAAAAGCGAGCUGAAAGCCUUUGAUGACAUGAAAACCGGGGUAAAGGGGCAUGUAGAUUCUGGAAUAAUGAAAAUCCCACGAAUAUUCAUUCAUGAUGAAAUCAAGAAAGAGGAGAAGGAGAAAUUGAAGCCCGCCAUGGCCAGUACGUACAAGGUUCCCAUCAUAGACAUGGAAGGCCUCCAUACCGACCACACAACUCGCCGUUCUGAAAUCAUCAAAGAAAUCAGGGAUGCAUGUCAAACCUGGGGUUUCUUUCAGAUUAUCAAUCAUGGGAUUCCCACUCAAGUUCUUGAUGAAAUGAUUGACGGCGUUCGUCAGUUUCACGAGCUGGACUCUGAGGUGAAGAAACAGUUCUACUCCCGCGAUCUCACCAGAAAAGUAGUAUACAACACCAACUUUGAUUUUCAUACUUCACCGGCAGCAACUUGGAGGGAUACCCUUUAUUUUAUCAUGGCUCCUCAUCCUCCUACGCCUCAAGAAUUGCCACAAGUAUGCAGGGACAUACUGAUAAAAUACUCCAACUCUGUGCAAAAACUUGGGCUGUGUCUAUUGGAAUUGUUCUCAGAGUCACUGGGCCUGCACAAAAACCAUCUGGAGAAACUGGGGUGUGCUGUGGGGCUUUCCAUCUUCGGCCAGUACUACCCGGCUUGCCCUGAACCAGAGCUCACGUUUGCACUUAGAGACCAUUCUGACAGUGGUUUUUUUACAGUACUAAAUCAAGAUACUCAAAUUGGUGGCCUCCAGGUUCUUCAUGAAAACCAAUGGGUUGAUGUCCCUCCAUUGCAUGGGGCUCUGGUAGUCAAUGUUGCUGAUCUUCUGCAGUUGAUCACAAAUGACAAGUUCAAAAGUGUGGUGCAUAGAGUAAUAGCACAAAAGAUAGCCCCCAGAGUUUCAGUUGCAAGUUUCUUUAGAACAAUCCCCGGUGACGUGGAUGCCAAGAAAGUAUAUGGACCGAUAAAGGAGUUGGUUUCUGAUGAGAAUCCUCCAUUGUAUAGAGAGACAACCACAGAGGAAUACCUUAUGCAUUUCCAGAAGAAAGGGCUUGAUGGUACCUCUGGCUUGUUGAGGUUUAGGUUGCAGAAAGAAGGCAAUUAAUUAAGGAGAUUCAGAAGUACAAUGAUUAUAAUUGUAUUAUUAAGUGUUUGUUGUUGGUUUUUAUUAUCUGUUCAAACUUAGUAGUGGCCUGCAUGGACUUUAAUUAAUUUAUUGCAAAAAUAAAGUAGGCUGUAUCAAUCCAAAA